AUGAGUUUACAAAACCUAUCUAAAUUAGAGAAUUGUAUCAGUAAUACCAGUGAACCAUUAGAAAAUAGUAAUAAUAAUAAUAGUAAUAAUAAUAGUAAUAAUAGUAAUAAUAAUACUUCACCAACAUCACCAUCUUCUCCUCCUACAAACACAACUUUAAAGAAUAAUAAUAAUUCUCCAAUACCUUCAAAUACAACCUCUCUUGAAUCAUCCUCAUCCUCAUCAUCAUCAUCGGCAUCAUCAGCAUCAGCAUCACCAUCAUCAUCUUCUCCAACCAUAAAUACAAAUAAAUUAAUAAAUUCAAAUGUUAUUUCAAUUUUAAUUGAUAAUAAAAAUAAAAUUAUUCAAGAUGUUAAUCAAUUAUUUAAACAAUUUGAUAUUAACAAUUCAAUAAUAGUACAUAGUUCAACAUUAACUGAAAAUAUUGAUUCAAUUGAAAAACAAUUUAAUAAAACAUUUGAUUCUUCACAAUUUUUUAAUAAUAAUAAUAAUAAUAAUAAUAAUAAUAAUAAUAAUAAUAAUAAUAAUAAUAAUAAUAAUAAUAAUAAUAACAACAAUAAUAAUAUAAUAUUAGGAUAUAUUGGAUUACCAACAUUAACAGGAGAGUUAGAGAGUAGCGAUAUUGAUUUUUUAACUAAAUGUAUAACACAACUUCAACAAUCAAUAGUGAGUAGAUCAAAGAGGAUUCAUGGUAUUGUAGUAUGCACAAAUUCGCCAUCACCAGGUAUCAUACAUACAAGAAGGAUAGAAAGAAUUUUAGCUAGUAAAUUACAGGGUAGUUUUUGGUGUGUAUCUGAUGCUCCGCCAAGAAAUAUUGAAUCUUUUCAACAAAUUCUAAGUUUAAUCUAUCCAAAUAAUAAACUAACUGUAAAUAAUUCCAUUGUAAAUGCUCAAAAGCAACAAAAAUUACAACAACAACAAUUAAAAUUACAAAAACAACAACCUCAACAACAACAACAGCAACAACAGCAACAACAACAACAACAGCAACAGCAACAGCAACAGCAACAACAACAACAGCAACAGCAACAACAACAACAGCAACAACAACAACAGCAACUACAACAGCAACAACAACAACAACAACAGCAACAGCAAAAUCAACAACAACAAUACCAACAGCAACAACAGCAACAACAAAAUAAACAAAAUCAACAAUAUAGCUUCCAACAAUCAUCUCCACCACAAUAUAGUCAAGAUCAAGAUCAACAACAAUAUUCACCACAAUUUCAACACUAUAACCAACAACAAAACUAUCAACAACAACAAAAUCAAUUCCACCAACAUCAACAACAACAUCAACAUCAACACCAACACCAAGAUCAAGAUCAAGAUCAAGAUCAACAAUACUCUGAUCAACAAUAUCAAGACCACCAAUAUCAAGACCAACAACAACAACACUAUCAAGAUGAACAACAUCAUGAACAUCAAUAUUAUCAACAAACACAACAAUAUCAGCAAUAUCAACAAUAUCCAUACCAACAGCAACAGCAACAUCAAUAUCCAUACCAACAGCAACAACAAUACACAUACCAACAACAGCAACAGCAACAGCAACAGCAACAGCAACAGCAACAGCAACAGCAACAGCAACAGCAACAGCAAUAUCAACAACCUUACGAGAAUAGAAAUGAAGAAGUGGGUUAUGUUGUAACGAAAUUAUCAACAUCCUCAAAGAAAAAUACAUCCCAAGGAAAUGAUAGUAGCUAUAUGUAUAAUAAUAAUGAAUCAAAUUAUAAUAAAUCACAUACCAUCACUGCACCUAAAAGUUAUAACGAGAGAUUGUUAACAAACCAACAAAGAAAAUUUUCAAUUCAGUCACCUAAAGUAUUUGAAGAAAUUGAUUUAAAACCUUAUUUACAAUCAUCUUCUUCAUCUUCGUCACCUUCAUCAUCUAGCGUUCUAUCUUCAAUUACAAAUUUAAAUCCAUUAACGACAAACGUAGCCUCUAACUCAACAAUGAGUAAUGCUGCCACAACUACUACUACUACUACCACUACUUCUACAACAACUUCAUCACCCACACCAUCAUCAACACCCACACAAACACCCACACCUACGCAAACUUCAACACCAACACAAACACCAUCACAAACACCCACACCAACUCCAACUCCAACUCCAACUCCAACUCCAACUCCAACUCCGACACCAACACCUAUACCUACACCUACACCAACACCCACGCAAACACCAACACCCACGCAAACACCAACACCCACGCAAACACCAACACCAACUAUAAACUCAUUAACACCAACUAUAAAUUCAUUAACACCAACAUUAACACUUCAACAGCCUCCAAAUUCUCUAUCUUCAUCAAUGUCAUCUAAUUCUUCGAUAUCUUCAACUAAUAUUUCACCUUCUCUAUCUAUUGCUCAUAAAUUAUCUGAUAUAUCUUUAUUACUAAAUGACAAUAAUAAUAAUAAUAUUAUUAAUAUUAAUAAUAUUAAUAAUAAUAAUAACAAUAUUUAUAAUAAUCAUAUUAAUAAUAACAAUCACAUUAAUAAUAAUAAUAUUGUUAAUAAUAAUAAUAAUAAUUUUAAUAAUAAUUUUAAUAAUAAUUUUAUUAAUAAUAAUAAUAAUAAUAAUAAUAAUAUUAAUAAUAAUAAUAAUAAUAAUAAUAAUAAUAAUAAUAAUAAUAAUAAUAAUAAUAAUAAUAAUAUUGAAAUUAAUUUAAAUAGUGAUAGUAGCGAUUGUAAUAAAACAACAACAUCAUCUUCUUCACCAAUAUUUUCUUCAUCACCACUACCAAUUGAAGAGUCAACACAAUGUUUAUUACUAAAGACAACAUUUAAUUAUAAUAAUAAAAUUAGUAUCUCACCUUCAUCUUUACCCGAAAUGACAGAUAAUAAUAAUAUUAAUAAUAAUAAUAAUAAUAAUAAUAAUAAUAAUAAUAAUAAUAAUAAUAAUAAUAAUAAUAAUAAUAAUAAUAAUAAUAAUAAUAAUAAUAAUAAUAAUAAUAAUAAUAAUAAUAAUAAUAAUAAUAAUAAUAAUAAUAAUAAUAAUAAUAAUAAUAAUAAUGAUAAUGAUGAUGAUGGUGAUGAUGAUGAUGAUGAUAGUAUAAUGGUUAUUGAUAAUGGUAGCGAAAGUAGUAUUAGUGGAAUUAACACCAACGAAGUUGAAGGUGAGGAUAAUAGUAAUAACAAUAGAAAUGGUAACAGUAAAAGAGUUAAAAAGAAUAUCCAAUUCAAAAUAUUUGAAGGCAUACCAUAUUUCAAAAGAUUUAAUUUGGAUUCUUCAUCGCCUCUUCUAUAUAUUGAACCACCAUUAUCUAUUAAAGAUGAUGAUAACUCUGACGAGAGUGAUAGUAUUGAAUCAAAUUUGUACUCAUAUAAAAGGUCAUCAUUACCAUCUUUAAGUAAAAUUGAAAACAUAAAGAAACAAUUACUUUCAAACACUUAUAAAAAUGAUAGUAGUAAUAAUAUAAAUAAUCAAAAUAGCUUUAUAAAUAAUAGUAAUAAUAAUAAUAAUAAAAGUAAUAGUAAUAGUAAUAGUAAUAAUAAUAGUAAUAAUAAUAACUAUUAUAAUAAUAAUAAUAAUACUAAAAAUAAUAAUAAUAAUAAUAAUAAUAAUUAUUAUAAUAAUAAUAAUAAUAAUAAUAAUAAUAAUAAUAAUAAUAAUAAUAAUAAUAAUAAUAAUAAUAAUAAUAAUUAUAAUUAUAAUAGUAAAAAUUUAUUUAAUAUUAAAAAUAACAAUAAUAACGUUGGUGGAUAUCAUAAUAAUAGUAAUAAUAAUAGUAAUAAUAAUAAUAGUAAUAAUAAUAUUAAUAUUAACAAUAAUAAUAAUAAUAAUAAUAAUAAUAAUAAUAAUUAUAAUAAUAAUAUUAACAAUAACAAUGGUAAUAAUGAAUUAAAUGAUCCAUUUACUACAGCAUAUGCAUCAUUUAAAAGUAAUAAUCAUGCUGGACCAGAUGUUAUGGUUGUUGAAGAUAAUGAUAUGAAUGCUGGUUUCUUAUUAAAAUUACUUGAAAAAUUUGGUGUUAUCAAUAAAAGAUGUAUUUGGGUCACUGAUGGUUUACAAGCUGUUCAACAUUAUAAAUCUUCAAAUGGUCCAUUCAGAUUGAUUUUAAUGGAUUUAUUUAUGCCAAUAAUGGAUGGAUAUGAAGCAACUAAUAUAAUUAGACAGUUAGAAGGGGAGCAUAAACAUACACCCAUCGUUACUGUUACAGCAAAUGUUACAAAAGGUGCAAAAGAAAAAUGUUUAAUGAAUGGAUUCGAUGAUUAUAUAGCAAAACCAAUAAGGGCAGAAGAAUUAAAGCAUGUCGUUGAUAGAUAUGUUCAUCUAUUAAAUAUAUGA